GGGGGCAGUACAAGUUCUUACAAAGCCGUAGUCUGACAUAAUGCGGAGUGAGAAACUAAAUAUAAAUCAUUUAAGAAAUUGUUUAUUAUAGAAAUAUAAUGAAAAUAAUGUUUAGAGACGCCGACGACUCAACCAAACCAUACUUACAUUUGCCGACUUUUCUUGGUCGCACAACCAGAAGCUCUCAACUUCUGCUCUCUCUUUCUCUCUCUUCUUUUUCUCUCCUCCUCCUUUAGGGUUUUGUUUUGGGCUGUGAUUAAUUACAUGGAAUUGGGCGCUGGGGAACAAGAAUUGGAGGCUCAAAUUUCAAAUUGAAUUUUAGAACUGAGGAGAGGGAAUGUCUGGAGGAGGGACACAGAAGAGCUUGAGGAAGGCACUUGGAGCCAUCAAGGACAGCACUACUGUCGGAUUGGCUAAAGUAAAUAGUGAUUACAAGGAAUUGGACAUUGCCAUUGUUAAGGCCACAAAUCAUGUUGAGCGCCCAGCAAAAGAAAAACACAUUAGAGCUAUCUUUUCUGCAAUUUCAGCUACAAGGCCUCGGGCUGAUGUUGCAUACUGCAUCCAUGCUCUUGCCAGACGGUUAUCCAAGACACAUAAUUGGGCGGUUGCAUUGAAAACUCUAGUUGUUAUUCAUCGUGCUUUGAGGGAAGUGGAUCCCACAUUCCAUGAAGAACUCAUUAAUUAUGGCAGGAGUAGAAGCCAUAUGCUAAACUUGGCUCAUUUCAAAGAUGAUUCUAGUCCAAAUGCAUGGGAUUAUUCUGCAUGGGUACGCACUUAUGCCUUAUUCUUGGAGGAGAGGCUGGAAUGCUUUCGUGUGCUGAAGUAUGAUAUUGAGACAGAUCGUCCUAGAACCAAAGAGCUGGACACUGUUGAGUUGCUUGAGCAGCUACCAGCUUUGCAACAGCUUCUAUUUCGUGUUCUUGGUUGCCAGCCACACGGAGCAGCAGUUCAUAAUAUUGUGAUUCAGUUGGCACUCUCAAUGGUCGCUUUGGAAAGCAUUAAGAUAUACAGUGCCAUAAGCGAUGGUACAGUUAAUUUGGUUGACAAGUUCUUUGAGAUGCAACGAAAUGAUGCUGUGAAGGCUUUGGAGAUAUACCGAAGAGCAGGGAGUCAGGCGGAGAAACUAUCAGAAUUUUAUGAAAUAUGUAAGAGUCUUGACAUUGCACGUGGAGAAAGGUUUAUUAAGAUCGAGCAGCCCCCUGCAUCAUUUUUACAAGCCAUGGAAGAGUAUGUGAGGGAUGCUCCACGAGCUUCAACAGUUCGCAAGGAUCAGGAAACAAAGCAGGUGGUUAGUGAGAAACUUGCUGCUCCUAAAGUAGUCUUAUCCAUAGAAUACAACAAAGCCCCAGAAGUGCAGGAGGAGCAUCCUCCAUCUCCGCCUCCACCUGAACCAGUAAAAGUGGAAAUGCCUGUUGUUGAACCACCGGAUCUGUUGGGCUUAGAUGAUCCCAUUCCAAAUACUGCAGAAUUAGAUGAGAAGAAUGCCAUGGCUUUGGCUAUUGUUCCUGUUGCUGAAACACCACCUUCUGCUGGUCCUAACCCAGCCAAUGGAACUACAGGCUGGGAAUUGGCACUUGUUACCGCUCCAAGCUCAAAUGAGAACGCCACAGCUGCUAGCAAGCUGGCUGGAGGACUAGACAUGCUUACGCUAGAUAGCCUAUACGAUGAUGCAAUAAGAAGAAACAACCAGAAUGUAAGCUACAACCCAUGGCAACCAGUCCCAAUGGGUGGCCCCAUGAUGCAGCAAACAGCACACGACCCAUUCUUUGCCUCCAAUGCAGUGGCUGCACCACCAAAUGUGCAGAUGGCAGCAAUGGGCAACCAGCAGCAGGCUUUUAUGUUGCAGCAGCAGCAGCAGCAACAGCAACAGCAGAUGAUGAUGAUGAUGGGUCAACAGCAACAACAGCCUUUAAAUCCUUUUGGAAAUCCAUAUGGAGCCACUGCCCACCCCUAUGGCUCAGGUAUGCCUGUUCAAACCCACAAUCCUUAUUCAGGCUUUAUUUAAACAGAUGCCAUGGAAAGAGAGCUGUUCACUUUCUGGAAACACAAGAAAAAGGAAAAACACAGGAGAAGAGCCGGUUUUUGAUUUCAAAGAUUGGAGACACAUGUGAAGGAUAAACUGAUGUGUACCAUAUGUUGUGUAUGUUCAUUAGCUAGAACGAAAUUUGUUGUGUAAUAAGCAGCGAGAAGGAGCGUUUUGGAUCAUUGAUUAUUUACAUUGAACAAGAUUGGUAAUAAUGAUUUUUGCGACACAAAUUUUUUUGAA